AAAAUAAUUUUUGGAACACUGAAAAAGGAAAGGCCACGAGAUCGAGGCUCUGGAAGAUCCCGCUACCGAAAAAAGGAGAAAAAAUUUUGUACACAGGUGGUUCGAAGAGAUUCGCAAUAAUUAACCCCAAAGCUAGGGUUUCUAACUUGUGCCCAUUUGUCGUCUCCUCUGAUUCGAACCCUGCACAAUGAUUUAAACACGCUAUUUCUAUUCUGUAGAUUAGCUUUUUUGUGUUUGGAUAAGCCCACGAGUGUAUUUGUCAGCGCUGUUUAGGUUUCGAAUUUUUGGUAUUGUAAUUGCAGUCGGCACAGAUGGUUCAGUUUGUGAACAAUAGAACUCCUGAAUCUACUGUAGUUACGUCUGGAACCACAGUAAAUGUUACAGCUGCUAAUAAUAAUAGUAAUGCGCAGAGUAUGAGUGAAACCAGCGAUUUGAGCUCGUCUACUGUUAAUGUUAAGGUGGAGAUCGAUGCAGAGGAUGGCCGCCCUCCGAGUUUUAAAAGGCCCAAAUUUGCUGUGCCGCACCAACAGCAACAAUGGAGUUCUGGAUCAAACGUAACUCGUACACAGGCUGCAUUUUACAAUCCCUUGAAUGAACCAAGCCCACUAGGUUUAACACUACGAAAAACACCUUCCUUGCUGGACCUGAUUCAGAUGAAGCUAUCUCAAGAGGAUCCAGCAUAUACAAGCAGUCUGAACCAGGAUGCUGUCAAAAGGAAGGAUGCAAGGUCUGUAGCAGCCCAGGCAAGUGCAGACAAGCUUAAAGCCUCCAAUUUCCCUGUGUCAGUUUUGAGGAUUGGGACUUGGGAGUGCAUAUCAAGAUAUGAAGGUGAUUUGGUAGCAAAGUGCUACUUUGCAAAGCAUAAGCUAGUAUGGGAGGUAUUGGAUGGGGGCUUGAAAAGCAAGAUAGAGAUACAAUGGUCUGAUAUCACAGCUCUGAAGGCAAGCUGUCCUGAGAAUGAGGCUGGAACCAUAGACAUUGAGGUAUCAAGGCCACCGCUAUUCUUCAGAGAGACGAAUCCUCAGCCGAGAAAGCACACUUUAUGGCAGGCUACUUCUGACUUUACAGGAGGACAGGCUACCAUAUGCAGGAGGCAUUUCCUACAGUGUCCUCAAGGAUUGCUGAACAGGCACUAUGAAAAGCUUAUACAAUGUGAUGCUCGUUUAAGCUUGCUGAGCAAAAAGCCUUUCCCAAGUAGAGGUUCUCCAUUUUUUGAUGCUAGAAGUGCAGCAUUUCAUGACCAGAAUGAGCAAUCCCACUAUGGACAUGCCCAAGAUAACAAAUCCCAUAUGUUGUCACAAUUUGAUCAUUUGAAAAAUGAGUAUCUUCUGCCCUUCCCACAAUUCCCAGAUAUGUCACCUCCUGUGUCUGAAACAUUGGUUCCAAAAUGUGAAGCACUUGACUCUGAAGUAAGGACGGAAACGACUUCCCCCAGUUCAGUAAUGGAUUCACGGGCCAUUGAAGAUCAUGGCAGCAGUGACAAUGAUGAACUGAACAUGAAAAGGUCCCAGCAGUGCGAGCAGUUGAGAUUAACAGAGUCUCUCAAUGGAUUACUGGAUCAAGGAUCUGGAUUAUUGUCAACAUCAAUGAGCAAUUUGGUUAGUCAAAUAGGUAUACACUUCCAAGAGCAGCAGAGACAUUCUUGCAGCUCUGGUUCUGCAGGUGAAGACACCUGGUCAUCAAACAAAAGAAUGCUUGAUGAAAUUGCUCAACAUUUGCUGAGUGAUUCUCUCCUUUCAGCAACAUCUGAUGAACAAUCAAUAAUUGCAAGAGUUAAUUCCAUGUGCUGUCUCCUUCAGAAAGAUGUUUCUACUGAGCAUUUGUCAGAGACGACUCCUUUAAAGGUUAAAGCUCCAGUCACAGACUUUAAUUUUGGAAAAUGUACUAACGAAGAACCUGAAUUUGUGGAUGAUAUGGAUGAUGUGAGAUCUACACUCCCAAGGAGUGGUGGUCUUGUUCCUCAUGUGGUUGAAAACAAUUCUACGGAUUCUAAUUGCCAAACUGUUAUACCAAGGAAGGAGUCAUCUGGAGAUUUGCUGCUACAUCUCCCUCGUGUUGCAUCCCUUCCCCAGUUCUUUAUUCAUUCUUCAGAUGAGCUAGCUACAAGAAAUGAGUCGAAUGGGACAGUUGGAGGUGGUCGACUAAGAUGACAGUUACUGCGCAUUUUGCCUUCCAUAUUGGGAGAUGUACAGGAUCUCAAAUAAUUGAAUUGGUCAUUUCAGUCGUUUCAAAUACUUCUUGCUUUACAAGCAAGCACCAAUCUUGAUCGAUAUGUGUAGUAGUACUGUAUUUGAGACUUUUGUACAGGGAGGAAAUGGGAAGUGUCUUUGUUAUGAUAAUUAAGUUGUUUCAUUUAUAUUUUAAUUGUAUUUUUGUACAUUGCACUGUCAAGAAUGUUUGGAUCCUGGAAGUAAAUAAAAUAUCAGGUCAUGUAAAUUUGAGGGUGCAAAAUAUCUGAUCCACCAUUUGUUCUGGCUACGGCCUGAUUAUCAAUAUGGUUGAGGUUACCACCUUUUACUCUUCAUGAUGAUCCUCAUGAACCAAAUACAAGUCAAUGCAGAGCAGCAGUUGCUAUUCACAUGUUCAAUAGAUGAAAUGCUGAUAGAAACAAAGGACUUUGCAAUAGGAAGCUAAUCUAGCAAAAGGGAUGAACAUUCUAACAUUUGCCUGCAACUGAACAUUGGGCAAUAAUGUAAUAUAGUAGGUCAUCAUAUUUCAAAGAGCUGUAUCAUUUUUUUCUUA